CCUCGCAUUUCCACACAUGUGAAAUAUCACCCAAGUGUCCAGUAACUUUAAAUGCUUUCGGCUAUUGUAUGGUUCUUGUUUUAUAAUAUUAGCCAAUUACGUAGAAUUCUGUUAGUAUUGUAACCGGUAUGUCAAUUCCAUUUGUUAGAGGACCAUUCACAGGUGGGUUUACUGCUUUUUAUAAUGGAUUAUUCCCUGCAAAACCACUGUUUACAGAACAAGAUUAUCCCAAAUUAGAUGGGAAAGUAAUUAUUGUUACUGGUGCUACUUCUGGUGUAGGAUUUGAAGUAGCUAAACUAUUAUUAGGUACUACCGAUGCUAAAGUAUAUAUAUUUAGUAGAAAUAAAGAAAAGACUGAAAAUGCCAUUAAAAAAUUAGAAACAGAAAUUGCCACCGAAUACAGUAAGAAACAUCUUAAUAUUGGAUCAAUUUUAAUUGAUUUUGCUGAUUUAGAUACUAUUAAACCGGCAGCUGAGAAAUUCUUACAACAAGAAGAUCGUUUAGAUAUUAUCAUUCAUAAUGCUGGAGUUAUGCAACCACCAGAUGGUAGUAAAACUAAACAAGGUUAUGAAUUACAAUUAGGUAGUAAUGCGUUAGGACCACAUUUAUUACAAAAAUUCUUAGAUCCAUUACUCAUUAAGACUUCUCAAACUAAUGAACCAGGAAAAAGUAGAAUAAUUUGGGUAGCUUCUACUGCACAUUAUUUUUCUCCAUUAGGUGGAGUUAAUUGGGCUGAUAUUAACUUUGAAAAUACUACAGGUGCUUAUGCUAUUCAUAAAUAUGGACAAAGUAAAGCACUUGGAAUUUUGCAAUCUCGAGGAUGGCAUGCGGCUCAUCCAGAAGGAUCAAAAAUCACUAGUGUUUCUUUAUGUCCAGGAUUUUUGAAUACUGAAUUACAGAGAUAUGGUUCAUCAAUUGAAAAGUAUUUGGGUUCAUGGUUAUUGAGUCCUGCUAAGUUUGGAGCUUAUACUGAAUUAUUUGCUGCUUUAUCUCCAGAAGUUAAAACAGGAGAUUAUAUUCAAUCUUUUGGAAAUGUGGUUACUGCUCGUUCUGAUUUAUCUAAGCCAGAGUAUAUCGGUAAAGCCUGGAAAUACUUAGAUGAGGAAGUCGAAUCGUAUUUAUAAGUACAUAGAGAAGUGUAGUUGUAAAAUAGAAAGACAUUCAUAAAUGUGUGUGACUCACAUAUAUACGCCUCUGUAAGCUGUUACAUAGUCAGAAUCAGUAAAUCAAUCGUUUAUAUUGCUACUAUAUA